GACUCCCCCUUCUCUGCGCCCCCCACGCACGGUCGGCGGUCGGCUAGCGUCGGCGUUGUCGUGUACGUGGUGGGCUCGCGCGUCCGCCAGUCGGCUUUUGGGCUGGGAGUUAUGUGCGGGUCGGGGAGCGCCAGCGCGGUCGGCGUGCAGAAACGAGGACACGUUAUGAGUUUACUAAUCGCGUCUGCGUUGUGCUUACUGACUAGUGUGUGCGCGUUCAACCUGGAACCCAGGUUACCCGUGCUCAAACUUGGCCCCAAGGGUACCUACUUUGGAUACACCGUCUCCGAGCACCAGGUGCUAAACGAAAACAAGAACAGCGUUAUCGAGCACAUGCUCCUGGUGGGCGCUCCCCGGGCGCAGACGAGCCAGCCGGGCACGAACCGCUCCGGGGCCGUGUACAAGUGCCCCAUGACCACCUGGCUGCAGGACUGCAAGCAGAUACCCAUCGAGGAAGAAAAGACGGCUCCAGAAAACACAAUCCUCAAGGAUGACCAGUGGCUCGGGGUUACCGUCAGGAGCCAGGGUCCUGGAGGUUACGUCCUAGCGUGCGCCCACCGCCACGUGAGCAUGGGCCCCUCGUACCGGUGGGGGCGGGGCAUCUGCUACUCCCUGACCCAGUACCUGGACCUGGAGCGUGCCUGGGAGCCGUGCGAAAACCGGCCCGUGGACAAGGCCCACGAGCAGUUCGGCUUCUGCCAGGCCGGCACCAGCGGAGUCAUCUCGGAGGACUCGACCAUAGUGCUGGGCAGCCCGGGGCCCUACACGUGGAAGGGCACCAUCUUCACCAUCUCGGCCAAGCGCCUGCUCAAGGACUGGGUCUGGAAUGUCAGCCCCUUCCUCGAGGAGGACGCCCCCGUUGAGAAGUACAGCUACCUGGGCAUGUCGGUGACGUCCGGGCGGUUCUUCCACAACCAGACGACAUUCGUGGCCGGGGCACCACGCUCCAACGGGACUGGAAAGGUGGUCUUCUUUGACAAGGACAAGGCAUCGACCAAAUUGCACACGGCUCUCAUCCUCGACGGAGAACAGUUCGCCUCCUCCUUUGGAUACUCGCUCACGUCUCUCGAUCUCAACAGUGACGGAUUCAUCGACCUUGUGGUAGGCGCCCCAUUCUACCACGGGAAAGGCGAAGGGGGUGCCGUUUACAUUUACAUGAACUCGAAAACGGGCAUCAGCAAAGCCACCAAGCCGAUCAAGCUGGUCGGGAAGGACGAGUCUAGGUUUGGCUUUGGCCUGUCGUCAGCCGGCGACCUCAACAAGGACGGGUUCCCAGACCUUGCGGUUGGAGCUCCGUACGAAGACGGUGGGGGAGCAAUCUACAUUUACCUGGGCUCUGCCGACGGGAUCGUCAAGGAGCCUUCCCAGGUGAUAAGGCCGAGCGACCUGCCGAAACCACUGAGCUCCAAGCUGACCACGCUGGGCUACUCCCUUUUCGGUGGCAUGGACCUGGACUCCAAUGGCUACCCUGACCUUCUGAGCGGGAACUAUGAGUCGGACAGUGUCAUCCUCUUUCGGUCCCGUCCCAUCAUCGACAUCAGCACGAGCGUGAAAGGCAAGCUGACCAACAUUGACCCCACCGUGCCCGGAUGCCCCGAAGACCUCCGCAGCCCUUACGUCUGCUUCUCGUUCGAGGCGUGCUUCCAGUUCAGCCGCACGACGCAGUCGGCUUCUCUGCGCAACGGCACGGACAACCGUCUGCAGCUGGAGUACCGCAUCGAGGCGGAGACCUUCACGGGCAAGAAGUACUACCGGGUGCGCUUCAAUGCCUCGGCCGACUCGGACACACCCAACGUGGUCACCCGGGAGCUUGAGCUCCAGUGGUGGACCCUGGGCCGCGAGCACUGCUCCAGGGAGCUCGUCUACCUCAAGGACAAGUCGGACAUCCAGAGCCCAAUCAAGAUGAAGCUGAUGUACAAGCUGGUGCAGAAGGAGCCCCGGUACCCUGUCGAGGGGGCCGGCCUGCCGGACAUCGACCGCCUGCCCAUCCUCAACCAGAAAGAGGCCUCCAAAGUCUUCGAGGCGCGCUUCCUGAAGAACUGCGGCAGCAAUGACAUCUGUGAGAGUGACCUGCACGUCGAAGCUGAUCUCAUCUUGCCAAAAGAGGCUGGGGGCGUGCCGGUCCUGUACCUGGGGGAGGAGCACAUCAACAUGUCCAUCAAGGUGCACAACCGUGGAGAGCCCGCCUACGACGCCGCCCUCUACGUCUUCCACCCCUCCGUCCUGAGCUACGUCGGCCGCAAGCUCAUCUCUUCGGGCACGGAUGUCGUGGAUUGCGUGCCCCUUGAGUCGUACGUCAAGUGCGAGCUCGGAAACCCCCUCAACCAAGGCACGUUGGAAAUCUUCCUGAGGUUCAACGCACGCAGCGAAGCCGACGCGGAGACGAGCCUGAACUUCAUCAUCAGUGCCAACACCACCAGCCUCGAGUUGAGCCCCCAGAGAGACCUUGACAUCGAUGUGAACGUUGUGAGAGUGGCAGAGCUGGAGCUAAGAGGGGCCACCAAACCGGAACAAGUUUGGUACGGCGGAGUGGUUGUUGGGGCACAUGCCAUGAAGCACUUUGAUGAAGUAGGAAGCAAAGUCGUCCACACCUACCAGGUGUUCAACCACGGCCCCUGGACCGUUCCCACCUUGGACGUGGUGGUCUCGUGGCCGUACGAGGCGGAGAACGAGCAGAAGCACGGCAAGUACCUCCUCUACAUGACUGAGGAGCCCAAGGUUGUUGGAGAUGGAGAGUGCCGAAUGUUGGAAGGCCAGGUGAAUCCUUUGGGCCUCAAGCACCGCCCGGCACCAGCCUCGCUGAGUCGUUCACGGUCACGUGAGAAGCGCGAGGUUGUCAUCACCCCCGAAGAAGUUCGUCUCGAGGGCAAGACCGUCCGGUUGGUGACGAUGAAGUGCGACCGAGGCAGUGCCAAGUGCUUCAAGUUCCGGUGCACCAUCCGCAACCUCAAGAAGCAGCUGUCUGCCACCAUCACCAUCAACGCGAGGCUCUGGAACGCCACGCUCGUCGAGGAUUAUGCAGCGGUGGACCAAGUCAGCAUUUUCUCAUCUGCCGAAAUUGAACUCGAUCCUUCUCUGGAAGUGCGACAACGACCCGAAGACGACUUCGCGCAUGCGGAGACGCGGGCCUACCCAGACGCCAGCCUGUACCAGAAGUCGGAAGGCGUCGCCCUCUGGAUCAUCAUCCUGGCCGUGUGCGCCGGGAUCUUGCUCUUGCUCCUGGUCAUCUUCCUUCUCUACAAGCUGGGAUUCUUCAAGCGGAAACGCCCGGCGGAAGGAUACUCUCCCGCACCCACGUCGGACAAAGACUUCAACGGAUCCUCCUAGAGACAAAGAAAAUGAGCUUACGCAGAGAGAUAAGAUUCCGUCCGGGCGUCGUUGAGUCGCCCCCAAGACCGCGGCCCUCCAACAAAAGAGCCCUCCCUCGCGUCUAGCCGCGUCGCCGCAGCCUCAACUUAUGAGGCACGACGGUCGAAAGGUUCCUCUAGGGGAAGUGUGUAUUUUGCCAGGUUAUUUCUGGCUGCGUCCCGUGCGGCGAAAGCUACGAGCCCGAGACUCGUUGCUGCCUCGGAGCGUACGCCUGCAACGUGGACGUGCGUGUGGCAGAACCUCCUUUCCCAAGCUGCAAGCUUGUGCUCAUAGCCUCCGUUGCACCGUCGAGCCGUUUCGAAUGUGAAUGGAGGGUGGGAGGGGUUGUGUGAACUUUAUUUUCGAUUAGCAAUGUGUCAGUACGGGUCGAAACGGACUCCCCAAGACGUUCACUAAUGUGCUGCCUCGAUGCGAUAGUCUGAAACUGUUACGGAGAGAUCGCUUGUCUCGACUCACACCUGUAUGGGGUUACAGCCAUCUUGCUUGCUCUUAAUACCAGGGUUCUGUCAAUGUCCGUCUUUUGCAAUCAGCGGCUGGCUGUAAGCUAUCCGGCGCUCGGCUGUAAGCCACUCGGUGAUUGGCUGUAAGCCAUCAGCAAUCGGCUGUAAGCCAACCAUUGCUGGCAUAGUACAUUGCCAAACAUUUUUCAGCCUGCAAAUGAAUGGACACAAAUGAGGUACCGUAUACCGUAAAAUACCGGGCAAGCGCCCACCGAAAUUUAGAGAUAAUUGCGAAAAAAUGGGGGAUGGGCACUUGUCCAGUCAUCAGUUUUACAUGUCAAUGCAUUGAUGCAUUGUGCAUAUUUUUUCAGAUCUUACAAAUUUGGGAAUGGGCGCUUAAUAUGGAAUGGGUGGAUGCGCGGUAUUCUACGGUAGUAGAGGAAUUACCAUUUCUGGUAAUCGCUUUGGUUGUCUUUCGGGAAAAUGUUCCAAACUGGAAUUGUCUUCCAAGACUAAUCGUGGCAACUCUUUUCGCAUCUUAACCAUUUAAUGAAUAAUGACCAGCGUACAGUGUACAUCAAAUCAAAAACCUUACAUUGAAGGAAGCAAAUUCUCUCAGCGACUAUAAUUGGCAUUUAUUUUCAGUUGCAAAUUUAAUCUCAUUUACCACAGUUCGAGACAGUUCUUAACUGUUCAAUGCAACUCAAUGGACAAAGCUGAGUAGCGGAGUUUUAACGGUGGAGCUUGGCAAAAAAGACUGGUGCUGGUGUGUUUGAGGCUUUGCUUUUGAUGACGACAGUUCUUAACGUCGGCUAUAGUCCACUGCCUUUUGUGAUGUCUUGCACGCUUCGUUUUUUAUGCAUGAGAAGUGAAAAUUGUUUCAAACGAGCGCGUGUAUGGUUAUGGGGGCGCAUCCCUGCGUGGGUGUGAAUGAUACUAGUGUGUGCACGUGUGAAUAUCUGGCGUUUUUUUAGCAUCUUUCGAAGGAAAAAUUAUGUUUUCAAUUCCUUUAAUGAAAGGCUAAGGAUUGAAAUCGAAGAUUAUUCGGAGACUGACAGGGCUCGAGAAAAUCAAAUGCUCGCGCUGUCUUAGGUUUGCAACCUCUGUUCGUUUUGUCUGGAAGCUUAGGAGUCAUUUUGGUUUUUGCAGUGCCUUGAGAAGGUUGUUGUUAACUGUUGCAAAUUCUAUUCUUGUAGGAGUUGUGAGACGACAAGACAAAGCAAAAAACAGCUGCCCUGCUUGUCAAAAGGGUUGGAACAAUCAACUUGGUACAUAUAGUGGUGCAAGAGUGUUCGACCAUCAGAUGGGUCCUAAUUUGUUUGUUUGUUUCGGUUGUCGCACUUCAAGUUCUGUGCAACAGAAGAUGAAUUCCUUGUUUUACAAACACUGCCAGUUGUCUCAGCAGACAAGUGCUGCACAACGAUGUUCCGCCUAAAAAGGACCGCGUCAGUGAAGUCAGUCGGUAGCGAUACUUGAUUUGCUCGCUGUUUUUUGGUGCUUUCGAGCCAGCUGGGCCUUUUUUUAUUUUAUUUUUAUUCUCGUUUGGUCUAAGAGGAUUUAGUGACACACAGGUGGCUUGCGCUGCUUCUGAAGUAGUUAGUCCGAGCAACUUUUCUGUCCGUAAUAUAACGUGCAAGAGUGGGUUGGUGCACAUUAGAGCGGGGAAGUGCUUCCCUGAUAUGAAACAUUUUCUUGCGGGUAUAGUUCCUGCCUGCUUGUGGAGUGGAAGAAGGGAAAAACAGUGGAAGAAAAAGAAAAAAAACUUAAACGGAGGCAUUGAUGCGGCGUUUUCGGGGAACUCGAUGGAGUUUGAACCCCAGGAAAGCUGAUCCGUUCUUCCUUAAAACUUGGUCAUGCGUUGUGGGUUUCCCCUUUGGAGGGGGUACCACAUAGAACUAAAAGGCAUGUCAGUGGGUCCAUAGAACGACGCAUUUGUCGGUAAACGUGCCAGCAUGUUUUGCAUGUCGGCUAACGAUGAAAGGAAAGACUAAAAGGUGGGCGCCACCCUCCGAUAGGGAUUCACCCAGAGGGCCCCAUGUUACCGUAUUAGGCAGAUUCGUGGGAAUGGGGAAGCUGCAAAGAAGGAAGUAGAGGCUCUGAGGACCAGAGCCUCCCCCGGCGAGAGCCUGGGCCACCGUUUUGGGGCCAGCUUAUCUAGCCUGCUGGAAAUGGACGCACCCGGGGUAGGUGGUCUGGCUUAUCCCGGAGAGGGGUCGCGUCCACGAUCAUUCCUAAGGGUGCGCCAGGGCACAUUCACCCAAAAGGGCGAGGGAGGCGCCGCCCUCUUCCAGGAGCGCAGCCUUGCCUCGUAUCCGGGAAGGCACCGCCACAGCGGCCCUCCGUGGUCUGCAGGUGCUAGGCCUAGAUAGGGGCACUGGACACUCGCGGUUCCCACAGCAUUCAUCAAAAAACCAUCAAUAUUUUAGGAAAAGGCUAGUCCCAACUCUUUGCAACAAAGCAUGCAGGUCUUUGGAAACAUUGCAUGCAGCCGAGCCAAGCUGGUCCAUAAAGGUGUUCCCCCACUAUUUUUAUUUCGACCAAUAGGAACGCACCUGCACAGGCGGAGCAGGCAACCUGCACUCCAUAUUCUGAGUGAACCAUUCUUUCGUUUCAGUCGGCAGCGCUAAGCGUAUAGGAAGGUUUGUUGCAUCACUCACCAAACAUUUAGGUAAGCAGAGGAUGCUCAUUUUUACCGAGACUGUGAGCUUGUGUGCAAAUUCUUUUAUUUUGCGUGUUGCUGCAGUUGCGCUUCUAUUGUAUGUUGAAUGACAAGUUAAACAUGUCUGAAAGUGUUUUAUUUUAUUUUGUUUAUUUGCCGAUUCCUAAAGUGACGAGAUGAUGACGGACGGUGGCAGCUACAGGGUGGGUGUCUGGGAAUUUCGUGUGCUUCAUACAUUGUGAACUUUUUGUUUCUUCUGGAUGAAAGAAAUAGCAACUUGUUAUUGUCACUUAUCAUUUCUCUUACAGUUGUUUGUGAAAGCUUUUGCUAAUUUCAAAAAGUGGCAACGUGCGGUGUUGUUUUCAGCGGGAGCCACGGGACCGUGUGGUUUGCGUUGCCGUUGUUUUUAUCUUCGUACCUCCGAGUGAGGGGACAUAAUGGUGUCUGUACGAGUGCAGAAAUGCAGAGGUACUCUUCCUGCUUUCUCAGUUUUUAUUCUGCCCAUACGAUUUAACAACACUUGUUUUUCUCGCCUUCCCAGUUCUUACGGGCGAAGGAGACUCAGACUUAUCUUUUGACACGCCAAUAAAAUUUCGGUUACGUGGCACACUUUCCGAAAUGAGCCUCCGACAAAUUGCAGGCACCUCAGCCGAGUUUAGUAUUCUUUGACUGGGAACCCGUAAACCAACACGUUAUAAUGCAGAAGAAAAAAAAAAAAAAGGAGAUUAAGCUUUGUCAUUUUUGUGCCGGAAGGGAGUAUUUAUAAAGUGGCUGCUUUCUCCAGACAGAUUUGCCUUGGAGAGAAAUAUUCCUUUCUUCUCUGCACUUUAUUGAUAACAGAAUUUUCCAAGCUUGGGGCAUGCCAUAUCCCUACUCGUGAAGGACAUUUUUUGAGUCUGCAAAUCGAACAUGUAGUCUUCCAGUGCUGUUGUCAAGGGUGAUGGGAUUGAGGUCUUGUUGCAUUUUGUACUUGGCUAGCUUAUUCGUGUCACACUAUCGUAUAUUUAUUAAUAUUGCGCGAGUUACUUCAUUGACACUUCAUUUUGCUCUCAUCUUGUGUGGAUAACCGACGAUCAACUAAAACUGUUGGUACCAACGUUGAAAGAGGACUAUUUUCAGCGUUGUCGUACGUACGCAUGCAAAACACCUAACCUGAGACAGGUCAAUCUGUGCGGCUAAUGGGACAGACCGCAGCGUUGUCGGCUUCCUGGAGCAAGAAUGGUGGACCGAUCUAGAUUCAUAACUGCGGGGGUUCUGCGAUAUCUGCUCUAAGGUAUCGAGCAGAUACCUAAUCUUGCCUAGCCUCGCAGUGUGCACUGCUUAGAAUUUUCUGAAAACAACAGAGAUGCAUUGUUAUUUUGUGUUCUCUUUUUCAAUGAAAAAGCAUUCUAGAUUGCUGAGGAACUUAUUCUUUGGUUUGCUGAGCCACUCUCAUUUCAUUUUCCUUCCUUCCCCUUUGCCGGAUCAAUAUGGUAGAUCGGUCUGCUGCUCUUGCUGCUUGCGCAGCGCUGAGGCAUUGCAGUUUCGCCCUUUGGCAGAGGUGCCCUGUCCAUAUCAAGUCGAACAUGUUGCGCACGUACGCCUUUUGAGACGGGGUGUCAAAACGCCUACUGUAUGCAUUCUGCUGUAAUAGCCGACAUAUUGAACUCUGUUUUCUUAUUGUUCUACUCCACAAAUGCUUACAGAGUCCAAAUGUUGCAUGCAGAGCAAACCUUGCGGUUGUAAUUUCUUUUUGUUUUUUUUCGUAGGGGCAUCGAACAACAUAGGGUACAAUUUGUAAAUGAAUUGAAGAAUGUUUAACGUUCUAGGCUAAUAAAAAAAAAGAAAAACUGA